AUGCCUCCUCGUAGGAGGCCGCAGUUUACUCAAGAGAACAUCGACCAACAGCUUCAGCAGAUCCAUCUCCUAGACCAAUCAUCUUCGUCGGAGAAUCUCGAGCAACUGGGUCCCAUUAUAAAGCAAAUACACACCAAUCGACAGCAAGACGCCUACCUCCGUACUGUCCAGGCUCUCAUUGACUCCAAGGACGCUGAGAUCGAGACAAUAUGCGGCGACAACUACCAGGAGUUCAUCAGCUCCGUGUCCACUUUGUUCUCCAUCAAGUCGUAUACUACGAACAUGCGGGAGAAUAUCAUGGCUCUGGACAAUGAAGUGGAACGAGUUGGCCGAGGGCUCGUCGAAAAGAAGAGAGCUCUACUACAGUCUAAGAAGACAGCCGCGAACCUGGACGAGGCAAUUGAUACCUUGCAGGCAUGCCUGCGCGUCUUGGACGUUGUAAACCGGGUCGGCGAGAUGAUUAGAGAGGGAAAGUACUGGAGUGCUUUACGGUCUCUGGAAGACAUUGAGAGCAUGCCUCCAACUUCGCUCUCUCAGACACCGCUCUUCCAACACCUCCUGUCAUCAUUGCCAUCCCUGCGAGGCCAGAUCAAAGACGCGGUGACCGCAUCGGUCAAGCAAUGGCUCCUUGACAUCCGGAAUGUCAGCGGGCAAGUAGGAGGGCUUGCACUCGACGCCAUGGAACACCGUACGCGCAAAUGGCGGAGCAGAAGAGAGAAAGACCCUCUGUUGAAGCUCAGUCGUGUGGGCAGCGCGGUGGAAAUAGUAACCAACGAGAAGACCGAGUACAAUGUACUCGACAAUGAGCACCUACAUGUCGACUUCACACCAUUAUAUGAAUGUAUCCAUAUAUACAACGCGCUCGACUCCCUCGAUGAAAUUCGAAGAUCAUAUCAGGCCGACCGCAAGGCUCAAUCAGACCUCAUUCUCCCGGACACCUUUAUGCUCUCGGCUUUGCCACAAGUCACCCAAGAGAUAGUCGGUUUUUUCAUCGUUGAGAAUCAUGUUCUCAACACAACGGGGAGUUUCCGCUCGCAACGAGAGGUCGAAGAUCUCUGGGACGCAUUGGUGAAACGGGUCGGUAUGGCAGUAGACAAUGCACUCCGCAACGAGGCGGAUUCAGAUGCAUAUCUAGCCGUGAAAGAGUGCCUUCUCAGUUUCAUUAUGACUCUAGAGUCUUACUCAUAUUCGACCGAGAACUUACAUUCCUUCAUCCUUCAUCUCUUCGAGCGAUAUGUUGCGAUACUCGAGAAGAAGUUUGGCAAGCGCUUCGAAGCUAUCGUCAUCCAGGACGAUUGUCUGCCGAUGUAUGUCGAGGCUGCCACUGAGCGCGACAGAGUACUGGACACAGUAUGGCUAAAUGACGAUGAGCGAGAACAACUUGCGAAAGCUAGCCUUCCUCUUUCGUUGCCAUGGUCACAAAGCUUCUACCUCUGCUGCCAGGAUAUUCGCAAUUUCGUACAGAACUUUUAUCAAUUCCUGGAGGGGGUAUCUCAACACCACCGUAACAUCGACGAUCUGUUGAGCAAGUCUCUCGACACCAUCCUCGCAACGUUCAUCAGCGAGAACAUUGCGAGGCGCGCCCAGAACACCUCAAACCUGUCGCAAAUCGCACAGAUCAUCACCAACCUGGAGCAUUUCCAAGUUGCAUGUUCUGAGCUCGAGCGUUCGCUCACGAACAUAAGAUCAUCUCAACGAGGCGGAAUCAUCCGUCUCACAGCGGCGGCGCCGUUCGCGCAGACACUGACCCGUGCGCUAUCGCGCGUCACGGCAUCCAUCUCGUCGAAACUCGACGACUUCUUUGGCCUCUCAGAGUACGACUGGACACCUCCCAGGCGCGAACAGGCCCCAAGCAUGUACCUCUACGAGCUGGUCAACUGGCUUACCACCGUCGUCGACUCCCUUGUUGCCAAAGACGCAUACAAGGACGAGGCAUACCGCGGUGCCGCGAACUACAUUGCCGACUGCUUCUUGGAUUUCAUGACCGGCCGCAACGUUCCUAUGAUGAACGAGAACGGGGUCGCGAACCUGCUACUCGACAUAGAUUUCCUCGAGGACGAAUUCAAGCGAGGCGGACACGCCCAUCUCAAUGCCGCGUUCCUUGAACUGCGUCUGAUGACCACGAUCGUCAUGGAAGAUCAAGUCCAGCAGUACCUUAUCCCUGCGGUCCGUCAGGCUUCCUAUUCGGUCGUUCGCCCCAAGCGAUUGCAGGCGCUGCUAGAAAAGCUCGCGCGAUACGGUGCGGAAUGCAGGGACGCCCCCUCCCGAGAAAGAGGCGAGAAGCGAAGGAAGGAGGCCGAGACUGUGGGUAGACUUUUCCCCGGGGAGAGUCGAUGA